CGCCCCGCCCCGCAGAGCCGCUAUCGCUUGGCAGGGGCGGGCGGGCGCCAUGGGCGCGAUGCUGUGGUGGGAUCAGCUUCGGGCCGGCAGCUCCGAGGUGGAUUGGUGCGAGGACAACUACACCAUCGUGCCCGCCAUCGCGGAGUUCUACAACACGAUAAGCAACGUCUUGUUUUUUGUUUUACCACCCAUAUGCAUGUGCUUAUUUCGUCAAUACGCAACCUGCUUCAACAGCGGAAUAUAUUUAAUAUGGACUCUACUAGUUGUGGUCGGAAUUGGAUCUGUUUACUUUCAUGCCACCCUCAGUUUCCUGGGCCAGAUGCUGGAUGAGCUGGCUAUUCUGUGGGUCCUUAUGUGUGCUCUUGCCAUGUGGUUCCCUAGGAGAUAUCUACCAAGAGUUUUUCGAAAUGACAGGAGCCGGUUUAAAGCUGCUGUUGGUGUCCUGUCUGGAGUUACUACCUGCCUUGCCUUCAUUAAACCUGCCAUCAACAACAUCUCGCUAAUGACUCUGGGUGUUCCUUGCACAGCUUUACUCAUUGCUGAGUUGAAGAGGUGUGAAAACCUACGUGUCUACAAACUUGGUCUGUUUUCAGGUCUUUGGUGGAUGCUAGCACUUUUCUGCUGGAUCAGUGACAAAGCUUUUUGUGAGAUCUGGUCAUCUUUUAACUUCCCCUAUUUGCACUGUGUAUGGCACAUUUUGAUAUGCCUUGCGGCUUACUUGGGCUGUGUCUGUUUCGCUUACUUCGAUGCUGCCUCCGAGAUCCCUGAGCAGGGCCCUGUCAUAAAGUUCUGGCCGAGUGAGAGAUGGGCAUUCAUUGGCGUUCCCUAUGUCACCCUCCUCUGCGCACACAAGAAAUCACCGGUGAAAAUUACAUGAAGUUAGCUACAGUGGGAUGGAUUCUCAACUUUCAUUCCAGCUCGGACAGUAUCUAAAAUAAUGAUAAAUGAAUAGGGUUGUAUUUUAUCUUCUACUUAAGAUAAGCAGCCUUCCCUGUGUCAUAGAAACAGGUGACAACUGUGUCCUUUCUAUUCCUUCCAGAGAAAAGAUAGAUAACAGGAACAUGAAAGCUCUUGAACUAUUUUCUCUGGCUGGCUCUAUUUUGCACUUUUUUUUUUUUUUUUUUUUAAAUGUAGCAUUUCACUUGGUAAAAGUUAUUUCCAAGUGUCAGUGACUAGAAGUGAUGCCCCUGCCAUAGAUCACUUUUGAUGCUUGGUUCGCUUCUGUUAAUCUCCGUCUCAAAGCAUUCUUUCUAAAAGAAACUUUAUCAAAGAGGCCUGCUGCCAUUUUUGUGUCUCUCUCAGCUCGAUGUAGACAUAAUUGCACAUUGGCCACAAGGGCGUGCUCGUGUUCCUCCCAUCCUGGAGUGUAACAUGGGGAGGCUGAAUGUGCAUCAGUUUGGAUUAGAGAGCAUUUGAUUGUUUCCCCAAGUACAGCAGGAGACCAGUGCAAAGUUAUCAGUGGAUAUCUGAAUCAAAGCAAUUAGGCAGUGUAAAUGUGGAAAUAGUUGACUGAAGAUCCAGUCCCUAAAAGUAAAUAGGAAUUUAGGAGUUUUUGAACGUUUCUGUAUUUCUGCUGGACCUUAAUAUGCUACACAUUUUGCUUUUACUGAAAUGUUGUGGAAGUCCUUCUCUACCUCUGCAAGCAGGUUUAGUAUUGAAUUUGUUAUUGGAGCUUACACAGAAAUAUGAGGUUUAACUUCUGUCAGAGCAUAGAUCAGCGCAGAUUGACAGUGUGGUUAAACUGCUAAGACUCCUGGGGUGCCUAGCUCUAUUUCUAAUUUGAGAGUUCACUUCUCAAUGAAAUUUUGCAAAAUGACAUGAACAGUAGUCCAGUAGUGCUCUGCUGAUGAUGCUUAGAAAAAAAAGUAGGUAGCAUAGGUACCUACUUAAAAACAAAGAUAAAAGAUUUCAAGAAUCAAUUAAUGUGGUGUUCAGUCUUGCAGCGUUAUAAAGGAAUAGUAGAUUCAAGUUUUCUGUCAGUACUCACCUUGUUUUGUAAGGGGCGCAGUUAGUUUAAAGCUUUAUAUUAAGAUUGAAGUUCAGGAAUGGCUAUGGUUCUUGUAAGCUUUUAAUGCUAGAUCUGAUAACAAAACAGUGCAAAGUACAGGUAAGUUCUUUUUUUGGGGUUUGUUUGUUUGUUUGUUUGUUUGUUUUUAAAUAUUAGUUGUGACUGCUGCAGUAUUGGAGAAAAUGGGCUCUACUUAAGUUCUACCAAAUAUCAGAACUGUAGGUAGGUUGAGGAUUCAGAUGUGCAUUCUUAGUGAAGUGAUAUUUCCUUUUUGAUUACUAGACCAAGAAAUAACAAGUUCUCUGUGCUCUGCUACUAAGUCUCCUGUACUUUCUUUUUAUGAAUAUGAAUGUGUUCUCUGUACAGUAUCGUCUUUAGGAAAAUUUUAAAAAGAACUUAGGGGUGAAAUAGCUUUCAAGCAUUGUAAAACCUUUUAAGUAAUUUUGUAUUCAUAUUUAUGCUGAGAAAAUGGAAGCUGAUGUGUGUGCUAUUACCCUUAAAGCAAAGUUGUUAGUAGGGGAUAUAAUUUCUUGAAAACUUUGAGGUAGGUAAGUAGCCUACUGUCAGAUUGACUAAUGGAUCACAAAAGCAUCCAAGUCUGUUUACUUCAUUGCAGCAAUGAAUAUUUAUACAACUUGCUUCUAGAUUUGUUGGACAGAAACAUGGUUUGGGGCACAUAUUUUUGUAUGAAACUUCUUUGUAACUAUACACACAGUAAUGUUUGUUACUCAUUGAAAGCCAGCUACUUUUUCCAUUUUUCUUCUCUCCUUGAUUUUGAAAUGCUCAGUUUUAUCCAACUCUCAGGUAUUAAUCUUGUGAUUAGAUCCUUAUACUGAUAGGCGUACUGGCUGGAACCCAGCUAAGGCUGCUGUUUGCAGAUAAAGCCCUACUUUGAGUAAGAUUUCUUCAAUAUUGCUUACUAAAUUAUUAUAUUGUAAUAAAUAAGUUAUUUUCAGUAUUGCUUGGGGAAUUAGUAACUGCGAAUAUAUGUACUGUUCAGAAUGACUGAAGACUUACUGCUUAAUAUUUCGUUUGAAAGAAAACUGUGACUUAGAGGGCUCUAACCAUACUGUGGACAGUUGCUGUCUUCUGCCCUACAGAGUCUGAGUGCUCACAAAGAAAUGACAUUAUAAUUUCAAAAUUGUAAUGCAGUCAGCAAUUGCAGAAGGGAAUAAAUGCAGGUAUAGUUCAGAAUAAUCUCAAAUUUAUUUAUUAACUAACCUCUAACCUUUAUACUUGUCAUAAGAUGCUGUGAACACAUAUUCUAUCCAUUGUACAAAACUACACUGUAGAGCUGGGAGUAUUCCAGGUAUAAGGGUACUCCAGCAUUUUCAGAUGUAGUUAUUGCACUUUACCCUAAAUUAAUACUAACUUAUAUUCCAAUGAAAGUUACAUUUAUUUCAAAAAUGAAAAAAAAAAAAUGCAGGUUUUCCAUAUUCACAGCUUUACAGAUUAUACUUUGAACUAAGGCUCCAGUUUAGAAUAACAUCAUUACAGAAGGAAGCAUGUAAUUGGCACACCAAGAGGUCUGUGCACUGCCCUUGUAAAAAAGGUGAACAGAAAUAUGCACAAAUAGGCCUGUUAUCCUGGAGUAUGAAGUGAUGGUUUUAAAAUCCUGGAGUGCAGGAAAUUAUUGGGCUUCUAGACUUCACUUUCAAUUAGCGUUUUAGUUUAACUGAUGGAACACAGUAGUGUGUUGAGCUUAAUGUGGAUUCUUUAUAGAUAGAUGUUGGUGUGUGAGGUGCAUCUUUCUCUGAGUUAAACUUUUAAGAAUAUUUAAGAAAGGGUGUUUAGAUCUCAGUCAUGACAAACACUUGCCCAAUUCACAGUCAUUCAGUAAAUAUUGUAUAAGGAAUUGUUUUGCAUCUCAUUUGAAGUCUGUAUACUGAGUAUUUGUGGAAAGCAUGUAAUACUUGGAACAUUAAAAUGCCUUCAGAAUAAA